GUUAUUUCUUUCUCAUGUAGACAAAAUACAUCAUCCAUAAAAUCUUCAUAACACAUCCAAACUUACUCACUUCUCUGUAGUUAUUUCAUUCAGAAUCAAUCAUGGAAGCUCCUUCUCCUCCUUUGCACAUAGCAAUGUUUCCAUGGUUUGCAAUGGGACACUUGACUCCAUAUCUUCACCUCUCCAACAAAUUAGCAAAAAGAGGACACAAAAUCUCAUUCUUCAUCCCUAAAAACACACUCAACAAGUUACAACAUCUCAACCUUCAUCCAAAUCUUAUUACCUUUUUCCCUAUCACAGUUCCACAUGUUGAUGGCCUUCCUCAUAAUGCUGAAACUACUUCUGAUGUACCCUUUUCUUUAGCCCCUCUUAUUGCUACAGCCAUGGACCAAACUCAGAAACAAAUUGAACUUCUUUUGAAGGAGGUAAAGCCACAAAUAGUUUUCUUUGAUUGGCAAUAUUGGCUACCAAACAUAACUAGAAACCUUGGCAUUAAAAGUCUUCAAUACAUGAUAUUGGGUCCCCUAGUAGUAGCUUACGUUGAAAAUCUAGAAAGACAAAGUCAAGGAAGAGAUUUAACUGAAAUUGAUCUCGCGAAACAACCUUCUGAGUUCCCUGAUACAUGCAUCAAGCUGCAUUCACACGAACUUCAAUUUCUAAACUUAGUAAGGAAACUAGAGUUUGGCAGUGGUGUUUUAUUAUACGAUCGUAUGGGAAUAGGUGCAAAAUUGUCAGAUGCGCUUGCUUUCAAAGGUUGCCAAGAAAUCGAUGGGAUAUAUGCUGAUUAUCUUCAAACUAUUUAUGAAAAACCCGUUUUGCUUUCAGGCCCUCUAUUACCUGAGCCACCAAAUACUACUUUAGAUGAAAAAUGGGUUGCAUGGCUUAAGGAAUUCAAACAUGGUUCUGUGGUUUUUUGUGCAUAUGGAAGUGAAAGUCAAUUACAGCAUAAUCAGUUUCAAGAGCUGUUGCUUGGCCUUGAGUUAGCAGGUUUUCCGUUUCUUGCAGCCCUUAAGCCACCUAAUGGAUUUGAGACUAUUGAAGAAGCUUUACCUGAAGGGUUGAGUGAAAGAGUUAAAGGAAAAGGGAUUGUUUAUGGAAGUUGGAUUCAACAACAGUUGAUUUUGGAACAUCCUUCUGUUGGAUGUUUCAUAACACACUGUGGAGCUGCUUCUAUUACUGAGGGACUUGUUAAUACUUGUCAGUUGGUGUUCUUGCCACGUGUAGAUGGUGAUCAUAUCGUAAAUGCAAGAGUGAUGAGUGCAAAGUUGAAGGUUGGUGUGGAAGUUGAGAAAGGUGAUGAAGAUGGUUUGUUUACAAAAGAAAGUGUGUGUGAAGCUGUGAAGACUGUGAUGGAUGAUGAGAAUGAGGUUGGAAGAGAAGUGAGAAAAAAUCAUGACAAAAUGAGAAACUUCCUCCUUGGCAAGAAUUUAGAAUCUUCAUGUGUUGAUAGUUUCUGUCAAAAACUUUAUGAUUUGGUCUAGCAUUUUCAGUUACAGUGAUAAUAAAUCUUUCUAAUUCAGUUUGAUUAUAAGUAAGAAUGCCCUAUCAAUUGUUCAUGAAACUUCGGCUCUGAAAUAAGGAAGUUUGAUCAUGUAACUUUAUGAAUUUUAAGAAUGAACAACUUUGUGAGGUAUCUAUAAAUUUAUCUCCAUUGCAUUUUAAAAUCUCAACAGUUAUAUUUUUGCCUAUCUAGCAACACAUAUUAUGAAGCAUGCACACCGGACACCUCUAAUAAUUUAGAAAAAUGAAUAGACGUAAAGACAAGUGUCAGUGUCGGUUUCAGACACGGACACACAUUUUUUCAUAGGUGU